AUGGAUUGGCUGACACUGGUAACACCUGAUGAAAUGGAAAGAGUCGGUAGGAGAGCAAGAAAUAUUGAGGAGCUGGAGGCCGCAGUAAUGAAAUACGUGAGAGGUAAAAUGAAGGUUGUACAUACAUACGAACCAGUAUGUGUUGAAUGUGGCAGUAAGUCUAUUGUGAUGGUGGAUGGAGCUGAUACAUGCACACACUGCGGAACAAGUUAUAUGAAUACCUUCACAUACUAUGUUAGUUACAAUAACAACAAGGACGACUAUCUCAAAAAGAAGUCUUGCCAUAAUAGGGUUUGUUGGUUUGAGAGACAUUUACUCGAACAUGUUGCUUCCGGGGAUAGGGACAUAAUAAGGGAGCAGUUCAGAAGCAUCGUAAGAUGUAUACAAAGACUUAGACUGCAGCGGGGGCGCAACAUAGUUAGAUAUAAGUUUUACCUUCUAAGGAUAGCCAGCAUGAACAACAUCACGCUAAGAAAUCCACCUGAGGACAUCAGGACAAAAAGAAUUGUGAAAAUCCUUGAGGAUAGGUUAUAUGGUAAAGUCUUCCCCAAGUUGGGAUGGAAACCUGUAGGUUGUGAAUAUUACGAUAACUGGAAAUUAAAGAAUAAAUAA